CGCCUCCCUCCUUCCCUCCCUCCCUGGCGACUCCGAUCCGGCCCUUUGCGCUCCUGACCGCAGUUUGCUUCUCGCCGCCGCUGUUUGCAAGCCGAGCAGAAACCCAGUUGGAGCCGAGUCCAGUUUGCGCUCCUCACCUGGCGGCGCUUUCCUGAACCGAAAUGGGGGUCUGGCUCCGGAUCGGCGGGGCUUAGCCUUCCCUCGUCGCCCUCCUUCCCUUCCCUUCCCUUCCCUCCCCGCUCCUUCCCUCUCUCUCAAGCCCAGCACCGAAGUUGGGAAAGUUGGGAAACUCUGGGCGCUCGGCGGUGGCUCUCUCUCUCUCCGCUCGCCUUCAGCAUCAUGGCGAGCAGGACAGCGGAGAAGGAGAAGAGGGAGGCCCCGGGCUGGUUGGGGAGCCCUUCCCGCCGCCUCCCCUGUAUUGCUUCCCCUUGGACGAGGCUGCUGUGCUUGGCGCUGCUUUGGAGGCUCUGCGCCGCCGAAUUUUCCAUCUUGGACGAGGCGCAAGUGCUGGCCACGCAGAUGAGGAAGCUGGCCGCCGAGGAGCUCGGAGUGGUCACCAUGCAGAGGAUAUUCAACUCCUUUGUGUACACAGAAAAAAUUUCAAAUGGUGAAAGUGAAGUUCAACAGCUCGCAAAAAAAAUUCGGGAAAAGUUUAACCGUUACUUGGAUGUGGUAAAUCGAAACAAGCAUGUAGUUGAAGCGUCAUACACUGCUCAUUUGACAUCACCCUUGACGGCAAUUCAAGACUGCUGCACCAUUCCACCAUCUAUGAUGGAAUUUGAUGGAAACUUUAACACCAAUGUAUCUAGAACAAUUAGCUGUGAUAGACUGUCUACUACUGUGAACAGCAGAGCAUUCAAUCCUGGCCGUGACUUAAACUCUGUUCUUGCUGACAAUCUGAAAUCCAACCCAGGAAUUAAAUGGCAAUAUUUUAGUUCAGAAGAGGGCAUUUUUACCGUGUUUCCAGCCCACAAAUUUCGAUGCAAGGGAAACUAUGAACAUCGCAGCAGGCCUGUCUAUGUCUCUACAGUUAGACCUCAAUCUAAGCACAUAGUUGUCAUUGUGGACCAUGGGGCAUCAGUGACAGAGACACAACUCCAGAUUGCUAAAGAUGCAGCCCAAGUUAUUCUGAAUUCAAUAGAUGAACACGAUAAAAUUUCUGUGUUAACUGUGGCAGACACAGUAAGAACCUGUUCCUUGGACCAGUGCUAUAAGACAUUUCUGUCUCCUGCCACUAGUGAGACAAAAAGGAAAAUGUCCACUUUCGUUAGCAAUAUAAAGUCAUCUGACAGCCCUACUCAGCAUGCAGCAGGAUUUCAAAAAGCAUUUCAGUUGAUAAGAAAUACAAACAAUAGCACUAAACUGCAAGCAAAUACAGAUAUGGUCAUUAUUUAUUUAUCGGCUGGAAUAACGUCAAGGGAUUCAUCAGAGGAUGGUAAAAAGGCUACCCUUCGUGUCAUCAAUGAAGAAAACAGUUUUCUCAACAAUUCUGUAAUGAUCCUUACCUAUGCUCUAAUUAAUGAGGGUGUGACCGUUUUAAAAGAACUCGCCUUUCUCAGAGAUCUGGCGGAACAAAACUCAGCCAAGUAUGGCGUGCCAGACCGGACUGCAUUGCCUGUGAUAAAAGGGAGCAUGAUGGUCCUGAACCAGCUGAGCAAUUUGGAAACUACAGUUGGCCGGUUUUACACCAAUCUCCCAAAUCACAUGAUUGAUGAAGCAGUCUUCAGUUUGCCUUUUUUGGAUGAAAUGGGAGAUGGUCUGAUAAUGACUGUAAGCAAACCUUGUUAUUUUGGAAACCUGCUGUUGGGAAUUGUAGGAGUAGAUGUUAACCUGGCUUACAUUUUGGAAGAUGUUACUUAUUACCAAGAUUCUUUGGCUUCCUACACAUUUCUGAUAGAUAACAAAGGAUACACUCUUAUGCACCCUUCCCUUACCAGACCCUACUUGCUAUCUGAACCACCACUUCACACGGAUGUGAUACAUUAUGAGAAUGUUCCAAAAUUUGAACUAGUUCGGCAGAACAUCCUUAGCCUCCCUCUAGGCAGUCAGCUUAUUACAGUCCCAGUGAACUCCUCACUAUCUUGGCAUGUAAACAAACUGCGGGAAAUUGGGAAAGAUGCCUACAACGUGAGUUAUGCCUGGAAAAUGGUUCAAGAUACUUCCUUCAUAUUGUGCAUUGUUGUGAUACAGCCAGAAAUACCUGUUAGACAACUUAAAAAUCUCAACACAGUACCCAGUAGCAAGCUUCUUUAUCAUCGACUGGAUCUCUUGGGCCAGCCCAAUGCUUGUCUGCAUUUCAAACAACUGGCAACCUUAGAGAGCCCUACAGUAAUGCUGUCUGCAGGUAGUUUCUCUUCUCCAUAUGAACAUCUGAGCCAACCUGAGACCAAGAGGAUGGUGGAGCACUAUACAGCAUAUCUUAGUGAUAACACACGUCUCAUUGCCAACCCAGGGCUAAAAUUCUCUGUCAGAAAUGAAGUAAUGGCUACCAGUCACGUCACAGAUGAAUGGAUGACACAAAUGGAAAUGAGUAGCUUGAACAGUUACAUUGUCCGCCGUUACAUAGCAACACCCAAUGGGGUGCUCAGAAUUUAUCCUGGUUCCCUCAUGGACAAAGCAUUUGAUCCCACUAGGAGACAAUGGUACCUCCAUGCAGUGGCAAAUCCAGGAUUAAUUACUUUCACUGGCCCCUAUUUAGAUGUUGGAGGAGCUGGGUAUGUGGUUACCAUCAGUCACACAGUUCAUUCUUCAAGCUCACAAAUGUCUUCUGGCCAUUCUGUUGCUGUGAUGGGAAUUGAUUUUACCUUGAGGUAUUUUUACAAAGUCCUAAUGGAACUCUUGCCAGUUUGCAAUCAAGAUGGAGGCAAUAAAAUAAGAUGUUUUAUUAUGGAAGACAGAGGAUACCUAGUGGCACACCCAACUCUUAUUGAUCCCAAAGGGCAUGCUCCAGUAGAACAGCAACAUAUUACACACAAGGAACCUCUGGUGGCAAAUGAUAUCUUGAACCACCCAAACUUUGUGAAGAAAAACCUUUGUAAUAGUUUCAGUGACAGAACAGUCCAGAGGUUUUACAAAUUUAAUACCAGCCUGACGGGUGAUCUGACAAAUCUUGUGCAUGGCAGCCACUGCUCUAAAUACAAGCUGACAAGAAUACCUGGGACCAAUGCCUUUGUUGGAAUAGUAAAUGAAACUUGUGACUCGCUUGCCUUCUGCGCCUGUAGUAUGGUAGAUCGGCUCUGUCUAAACUGUCACAGAAUGGAACAGAAUGAAUGUGAAUGUCCGUGUGAGUGCCCUCUGGAGGUCAACGAAUGUACUGGAAAUCUUACAAAUGCAGAAAGCAGAAAUCCCAGUUGUGAAGUCCAUCAGGAACCUAUGACUUUUACAGCUGUUGAUACCAAUUUACAAGAUGCGCUUCCUCAAUGUAUUAAUACACGGUGUAAUCAAAGGAUGGAGAGUGGGGAUUGUUUUGGUGUGUUAGACUGUGAGUGGUGUGUGGUGGACAGCGAUGGAAAGACCCAUCUAGAUAAACCUUACUGUGCCCCUCAGAAAGAAUGUUUUGGUGGCAUUGUAGGUGCCAAGAGCCCUUAUGUGGAUGACAUGGGAGCCAUCGGAGACGAGGUGAUAGCUUUGAACAUGAUAAAAAGUGCUCCAGUUGGUCCUGUAGCAGGAGGUAUUAUGGGAUGCAUCAUGGUGCUAGUGCUGGCUGUGUAUGCCUACCGUCAUCAGAUCCACCGCAGAAGUCAUCAGCACAUGUCCCCACUGGCAGCACAAGAAAUGUCAGUCCGCAUGUCCAACCUGGAGAAUGAUAGGGAUGAGAGGGAUGAUGACAGUCAUGAAGACAGAGGAAUCAUCAGUAACACUCGGUUUAUAGCAGCAGUUAUUGAACGGCAUGCACACAGUCCGGAACGGAGACGCCGUUACUGGGGCCGAUCAGGAACAGAAAGCGACCAUGGUUACAGUACUAUGAGUCCCCAGGAAGACAGUGAAAACCCUCCCUGCAACAACGACCCUUUAUCUGCUGGUGUUGAUGUGGGGAAUCAUGACGAAGAUUUAGACUUGGACACCCCUCCCCAAACUGCUGCUCUCUUGAGCCACAAGUUCCACCACUACAGGUUGCAUCAUCCAGCACUUCAUCACAGUCACCACUUACAGGCUGCUGUCACAGUACAUACUGUAGAUGCUGAGUGCUAAUGCCCUCUGACCUUGGGAGAGGAGGGGUGAAAGCAGCCAGGAAACACUGUUCCAGGCAACCAAGGGCAGACUUACACCAAGUGUUCUUCUAUCUUGACCAGACAUAGUUGAGAGUAACUUCAUGAAUCCUAUUUCACAUGGAAGCUAGACGUGCCUAAAAGGCAAGGUUGGCUCUGAAGAGGAAGAGUAAGUAAUCUGUGUGAUGAAUAAACCUGCCAUAACAUUCAAUAAAAUGGAAUACCAGGAAUACUCAGCCUCUAAACACAGGAAGAAAGGUUUAUACAGUAAACAAAGCCUUUUGAACCGUUGUUAACUGGAGCCAAGGAAAUGUUUUGCUCAGCCAGAGAGACAGAGACGACUGGUUCCCUUAACUGGAAGAACAGAAACCUUUGCUUGCAGCAAGAGACAAAGAAGAUGGAGUAUCCAGAAAUAGUCCUUGCCAUGAGGUUUCCAUUUUGCAGAGUGAUUUGGUUUGGAUUUUUUUACACACGCACACACACAAAAAAAACUUCCUUGCUCUUACAAAUUUCCUGUACGGGACCUGGGGACAGUGGCUCUCAAUAUUUUUAAAUAAAGGAUUAUUUUUGUACUAUUUAUUGAACUCAAAACAUUCGUGAACUCUGAGGGAGAUGAAAAAGAGGGGAUUUUUUAAAAAAUGAAAAGCAUUAGGCGCUCUCUGCGAAUAUAGCCUAUGUUUUAUUUGUGUUGGUGAUGCUGUGGUUCUUGUCAAGAGGACUUGUCAUGCCUCUGAGCAAGAUUUUUCACUCCCCACCCCCCACCCCCCACCCCAUGCUAUAAAAGGGAAAAUGAAGAAGUUGUGUCCAGAUUUGUUUACAUGAUUAAAGUUUGGUUUCCAUGGUCAUUUUGUACACUUUGAAGAUGGUUUAUAACACAGUAUUUUUUUAGAUAUAAAUAUAUGUGUGUCUGAAUGUGGAAAGGAGGAAUAUCAAUCUCCCAGCACUGAGGAAUCCUGCCUUCCUUUACAGAGUCCAUCUUGUUUGAUCCCAGGCUGGAGGCAAGAGUCACUUCCUGUAAUAAUAAUGCAGUUUUCAAAGAACAUUCAUAAUUAGUAGAGGAAGAAUUAUAAUCUAUUCGGUUCCCUUUUCACAUGAUGGUGCAUUUUUGGAAAACGUAAGGAGAUAAAUGGGAUGCUUUGUGAACCAUUGAUCAUUGUGAAAGGUUUAUUUUCAGACACUACUGAUAACGUUCUGCCUUCUUUAUCUGGAAUUUAACACUGCUUUAUUGAUUCUUACAGGGAUAAAUAACAUCUCAUUGAUAUCUCACAGGCCAUCAUAAUUUUAAAAUUAGUAUUAAAUCGCAGUGUUUUGAUUAUUGUGAUUAAAAUAUUAUGGAAGCAUUCUUGCACUGUGCAUAUGAUAAAUAUCCAUUUAUAUGUAGGAUUCUUUUAAAAAAAGAUCUCUGGAUGCCGUUUUAACGAUAGGAUACUUAAUACUUAUUAUGUAAAAUGGUUCUUAAGCAGUAUGGUACAGUAAGUAUAUGUGUGCUAUCAGGAUCCCCUUUAUACUAUGUAUAAAAUUACAAUCUCUAGUGGAAUAAAACUGUAUAUAAAGAA